CUCCCUCUCUCUCCCUCUCUGCUGUAUAAGUACAGAUCUGUGAUGGAGACCCCAUCACACCGCAGUUCACUUUUACGCAGAGGAGAUGAGCGCCCGGAUAGCGAAAUCCAACCCGGCCAUGAAACUGAUCGUGCUCUUUACAGCUUCUCUUUCCUGGGCCUUCCAGCAGCAGGCCGUACCGCCGAAGUACCAGUACCGCGACCCUGUCACAUCUGACCUCCUAAUGUGCGACCAGUGCCCUCCCGGUACGGCCAUGAAACGACACUGCACAGCCGACACGCCAACAGAGUGCCAGGCCUGCCCUGAGAAGCAUUUUGCAGAGAACUGGCACUGGGGGGAUACAUGCCAGUACUGCACGUCGGUUUGUAAGGAGAGGCAGCUUGUCAAGCAGCAGUGCAACAGCACUCAUGACCAGCUGUGUGAGUGUGCUCCAGGUUUCCACCUAGUGGUAGAGUUCUGCAUCACACACAGUACCUGUCCACCUGGCUAUGGAGUGACAGCCUCAGGUACGCCGGUGAGUGACACAGUAUGUAAACGCUGUCCCGCUGGUCAUUUCUCCGCCAGCGACUCCUCCACCGAGCCGUGUCAGCCCCACAGAAACUGCUCAGAUUUGGGCUUGAAGACACUCAGAUGGGGCACGUCCACUUCAGACAGUCUCUGUGACAAGACGGUGACGCUGGAGUGCUCUCAGGAUCACACUCUGUGCCACAGUGAUGUGAUCCUUUGUGAGGAGGCAGUCUAUCAGUCACUCUCCUCGCUGCGACUGUCCUCGGUGCCCCUGGAGCGGCUGUUGGAGAGUCUUCCCGGCCGGAAGGUGGAUCGUAAGAGCCUGGAGAGGCUGAAGAAGGCCUGCACUCCCCAGCAGCAGGUCCUCCAGCUGCUGCGACUGUGGAGGGAGCAGAACAAAGACCAGGACAAGCUGUACGGCAUCAUACAAGGUGUGAACCACUGUGAGAGGAAAGUCUCCCGCUGCAACAGCCUAAAAAACCUGACCCUAGAUGACCUAAUGAAGGUCGCCAACAGCCUGCCGGGGGUCAAAGUCAAGCAGGAGGAUGUCCGGUCUGUGGUCUCCACCUGCCUGCCCAGGCAGUACACCCUGCAGCUUCUUCACCUCUGGAAGACAGCAAACUAUGACCUGGAUCUAGCUAAAGGUCUGUCCCACAGUCUAAGGGUGAUGCGCAGCCAGGGGGCACCGCGCUACCUGCUGAAAGGCUUGAAGAAGAUCAGCCGCAUCAUAGGAACCACCUCGGCGCACAAGAUGUAUGAGAAGAUGUUUGUUAGUAUGCUUCAGGAUGAGUCGUGUUUUAAGGCUCACAAGCCCUUAAAUGAAUAGAGAACUGCGAGGUAAUAAACAGACCCUAAGGCGUUGUCACACAGUAAGCACACAAACAGAAAAAGACACACACACUUAGUGAGCAGGAGGAUAAAUGUAUGUGAAAGAGUAACAGACAUGGGUCACAUGAUAAUGUCAGGUCCUUUAAGAUAUCACCAAAUGAUAUCAAGCUAUGCAUAUAGUACCUAGAGGUAUUUUGUCUAACUGUAAUGUGGGAAGGUAAAUUCUUCUUUGCCUCUCUGGUUUUCUGUUGAAAUCCUGUUCCAAAAUGAGGACAUUUUGAUUAUAUGAGGUAACAAGAGACUCUAAUAAAUUCACCCUCAGUCUACAGUAUCGGUCUGCAGCGAUGAAUCUAAUAAGCCUUAAAAGAAAUCUUAAAAAACUGUCACACAUCAGUGUACUCCAGGCAAACCGAAACAAAAAGUAUAAAAAAAUGUUUCCGGGGAACUUUUUGACCAGAGUCUGUGAAAAAAUGAAAAACUAUUUAAGAUGUAAAUAGCACACUAUUUUAUGGAAGAUAGGCUGGCAGAUGUUGUGUUUUUUAUUAUUGUUGCUUUCUCGCUGAUUGAGAGGAAGGAUUUGGUUUCAUAAUGAAAUACAUGUAUUUUCUACAGUUUUCCUUUGUUUGUUGGUUUGUAUUGGACUGCUGGCAAGUAAAGCUCAUCUGAUUUUUUUUUUUAAUUGUCAGCUUUAUGAAUGUACAAAGGAGUGCAAUGUGUUUUCUAUUUAAAAAAAAAAUUUACUUGCUGAAUAUGUAAAGGCUUGUUUUUAUUACUUUAUCUGAAAUACUGGAUUCCAAAUGCUGCAAGUUAAUGAAGUGAUAUUUGUUUUAUAUUUUGUUUUAUCACUUUUAUAUUAAUAAAUGUAUGAUCUUUAUUGUAUAUAUGCCUGACUGGUCCCCUUUAAGCUUGUAUAACUUGUGAACACUAAUGUCAAAUGAUCUGAUUA